CUAUGUAAAAGUUGCCUCUAUCAAAAUCCUCUUCACUGUAAGCAAAUUCUUUGUCAUUAACAGAUCGUAUUCCUUUCAGGCAAGUAACUGCAAUUGCAUGGUCCAAAAAAUUAAGAUCAGUGUGGGCAAACUUGCUGUAUCUCUAGACUAUAUAGGCCUCACAUAG